GCCUGCGUGGCGGGACUCGCGGUGGCCAUAUUUGUUAAGGGAAGAGGACCCAAGGGAAGCGGAGAACUUUUCCUCUCUUCGCCUAAUGUUUGCCAUCCCAAACGAACCCUGAAUUAUGGCGGCUUCUGCGUCGACCCCCCACACGACUGACUUUCCAGCUGAGGGUCGAUGCAGUUACUACGUAGAAAAGAAGAAGCGGUUCUGCAGGAUGGUGGUGGCAGCGGGGAAAAGGUUCUGUGGGGAACACGCUGGAGCCGCGGAGGAAGAAAAUGCUCGAAAGAGAAUUCUGUGUCCUUUAGAUCCAAAACACACAGUAUAUGAAGAUCAACUAGCAAAACAUUUGAAAAAGUGUAACUCAAGAGAGAAGCCAAAACCUGACUUCUUUAUUCAAGAUAUUAAUGCAGGCUUAAAAGAUGAAACAGAAAUACCUGAACAAUUAGUUCCAAUUUCUUCUCUCUCUGAAGAGCAGUUGGAAAACUUAAUUAAGAAAUUGCGGAAAGCAAGCGAAGGUUUGAACUCUACACUUAAAGAUCAAAUUAUGUCCCAUCCAGCAUUGCAUGAUGCCCUUAAUGACCCUAAAAAUGGUGAUUCUGCAACCAAACACCUGAAACAGCAGGCUUCUAUUUUAGGUAACAUUGAAAAAUUAAAGUUACUUGGUCCAAGAAGAUGUUUUGUUGAGUUUGGAGCAGGAAAAGGAAAAUUGUCUCAUUGGGUUGAUAUUGCCUUAAAAGAUGCUGAAAAAGUUCACUUCAUCCUAGUAGAAAAGGUGACCACGAGAUUCAAGGUAGAUGGCAAACACAGGAAGAAAAAUUCAGUGUUUGAGAGACUUCAAAUUGAUAUUCAGCACUUGUGUUUGAACAAGAUUCCUUUGCUAAGCAAAGAAAAACUACCAGUGGUAGGAAUUGGAAAGCAUCUGUGUGGUGUGGCAACAGAUCUUGCAUUACGAUGUUUGGUUGAAACCUAUGCUGCCAGUUGUGAGGAAAGGAAUGAAGAACCUUUAGCCAAACGCAGAAAGAAUGAUAAAACAGACAAAGAAAUUAACCCUUUGGCCAAGGAAGGAAAUGAGAAAAAUGUCCCAGAGAAGUGGACCCCUGUGGCUGGCAUUGUUAUUGCACUCUGUUGUCACCACAGGUGUGAUUGGAGACAUUAUGUGGGCAAAGAAUAUUUCAGGGCUCUAGGCCUUGGAGCAGUGGAUUUCCACUACUUCCAGCGAAUGAGUAGUUGGGCAACUUGUGGGAUGCGAAAAACAUUUUUGGAAGCCUCCAACGUGACCUCAAAGAGAAAAGAUAAGCACAGUGAUGACAGUGAAGAGCAUGACGAUGGGGGAUGCAGAAUCACGGACAACAGCACUGAGAGUUUGCCUGGGCUCCUUACUGUUGAAGAAAAGAAGAAAAUAGGGCAUCUUUGUAAAUUGCUGAUUGACCAAGGCCGAGUCGAGUAUUUACAGCAGAAAGGUUUCAGUCCUGCUUUACAGUAUUAUACAGAUCCUCUGGUGUCUUUGGAAAAUGUAUUGUUAACUGCUUUACCAAAUCAUUCUUCAUCACCAGAAACAAGUGCUUAAUGGAAAAGAAAUUUUGAACAUCUGUCUUCCACCAAAAAAAUUUUUUCAAUUGUAUUUUUAUAUUCAUGAAAAUAUAAUUUACAUAGCAGACAAUGUGAACUUUAAAAAAUGUUGUAGCCUCAUUGAACUUUGGUAAUAGCUUUGAUUUUUACUUUAGAAGUACAGACAUUGAGUUCACCAAAUUCCCAAAGUAAUUCUCUUCAGCAGGGCAUCUUGAGUUAUAUUAUCCGUCAGUAUUCAUAGAGAUUGGUAAAGUAGUUGAACAGUUGACUUGGUUAUCUGAAACACACAUAACAUAUCAGUACACAACCAGCACACUAACUUUCUAUUUGUAUUAAUUUUGGAAAUUUUUUUCCUUGGUUUUAUUCACUGCUCUUUAAUUCUCAAGUUCAAGAUGUAAUGAUCAAUCAUCAGUUCAUAACAAGGGCCAAUUUGAGAAUUUGGUUUAUGUAUGGAUUUUUUGUCCAUUUAGAUCUGGUAAGGAUAAUCAGUUGUGAUUUUUUUCUAAUGUAAACAAAUUCAGAGAUGUUCACAAUUAAUGAAUUCACCUUCUGACUUCCAGAGCCAUACCUGUAUUUACGUAUUAGCUGCAUUUAUCCAUGACAAACAACAAAACUAAAGAGAUGUUUUCAAGGGAAAUAAGCUAUUUCACUUCAUUUUUUAAUUGAUUACCUAGUUAGAAGUUCCAAAAAGAUAAGAUAAACCUCAUUCACAAAUUAAAUUCGAAUUUGCAGAUAACUUCUGAAGUUAAUUAGCUAUCAUGUCUUUUAACAAGGACAGUUUUAUACAUAUAAGUACAGCUAUAUGUAUAUUCUCUCCUUUUGGGGAAAGUAAUUUGGAAUGAAGUGGAAAUUAGCUAAUGAAACCAAAAACAACUUCACAUUUAGGCCUCAUUUAACUCAUAAGCAGUUUCUAUGCACAAGCAGAUAUUAAACUGAACCUAUGGUAAGGACUGUUACUCUCUUCAUAUUAUUCUUGAAUUAUUUCUGCCUUUACUUAUAAAAAUUGUCUUAAUCAUUGGUACCUUUGCCAAGACAAAGAUCUGAAUUACUAAUUUUAGAUCCUAUAAUGAUAUUCUUAGGUAACUUUUUUAUCCUGUAAAUAGAUCUAUGAUUACAUGAAUUCUAAAUUAGAAGCCUAGCCCAUUUUUAAUCCCUGGCCUUUCUACUUUAAUCUCUUUUGUUUUCUGAGACUGCCUAGAUUCAGAUCCUACCCUACCACCUCAGGGUAUGACCUUGAGCAACUGCUUAAUCUCUUUGUGCCUCAAUUUUCCUUUUUAAAUGAGGGUGAAGAUAAUAAUACUACCUACCUCAGGAGAUUGGUGUAACAAAUGAGAUAACGUAUGUAAAAUGCUUACAGUUCCAAGCACAAUGUAAAUACUCAAUAAAUAUUAAGUGUUAUAGUACUAAUUCACAAAUCUAUUUUUAAUAACAAUAGGCAGGGUUGGUCUUAUUAUUUCUGCUUAAGUUGUAACCUUUUUUCUCUUUUAUAAUUUUUAUGCAAAUAUUAUUAAAGUAAGGUAGUUGGAUUAUUUCUAAAGUUAAUUACUCAUCUUCCCAAACAAAAGAACAUAAAUGAAAGUAAUACAUCAUUCAAUAAUUUACAUGAUUUUACUGGAUCAGGGAAUGCUAAUUUGUGUCUUACAAUCUGUUUUGCAUCAUUGAACAAUUUAUGCCGAGAAAUAAAAAAUAUUCUACAACAGG